AUGUCUGGAGACAUCAAGAAAGACAUCCGGACCGAGGCCAGGAACUUUAGUGCCAGUUUGACCAGCGUCUUUCUGGGCAAGAAGCGAGACCCACAGUCUAAACACCUGUUGGAGAAAGCUCAGCAACUCAUCGAUGGACUUCUGGCCGAAGCUCCGUCACGGCCGUCCCCUGCUACACCACCCCCUCGGAUCUCUCGGGGAGGCGCGGGCAUGGGUCAGUUGUGGGUCAAGCUGGAUGAACUCAAGCGGGAGAACGACGAUCUAAAGCGCCAUAGAGGAAGAUCAUCCGACGACAAGGCCGGCUCACCAAAGUCCCCCAAGUCUCCAAAAACACAUGCCCUGCCAAGUCACGUAGACACAUCAGCCUCCGAUCUUCAGCGCCUGAAACACGAAAACGAUGCUCUGAAGACACAGGUUGAGAAACUCCAGAAGAACUUGAAGGAGCAUCAGGCUGUGAACACCAGCCUGCAGGAUGAGUAUAAAAGAUUGAAGGUCGCCCUGGAGGCGGCCCAGAAGUCAGCGAUGAAAGCCAGGGAAGACACCAAAAAACUCGAGUCUGGACUAAAGACCUUGAAAGCUGAGAACGAGGCUAUCAAGCACAAGACCACACACACACAGGCCCCGACAAAGUCGCCUAAACCCAGCAUCAGUAGCCCCAAACCCAGGGCCCGGACUGACAACCGGCUGACAGAAAACAUCAGUGAAAGAUGCCGCCCCAGCAACAUCGCUGUCGCCUACACCACACUGGAGUCCCAGGAGUGGAUGGACGCCAAAGAAAGAUUAGAAGAGUAUUCAGACGAUGAGGAGAGUAUUACCAAGUUCUUGUGUGACCUACUUCUGAAAUCCUUUCAAGCCAGUACUCACGUUAUCCAGAGCGUGGAGACGAUCAUCGCCCACAUCUUAGCCAACCCUGUGUCUGCCGUAUCCUUACUGGCAGGUGGGCAUGUGACCUCCAGUGUCCAGCUUUCUGAUGAAGUGUCAGAUUUUGUAUGCCAAAAACUUCGUGCUUCCUUUGACAACAUUAACACCCAGGUCCUGGCCGAGUUGACGAAAGAAGCCGUGGACUACUCAUCCCCGGUCGUCUCUCACUUCCCUGACCCCUCCCUGCAGAACUAUGUGCGGCAAUGUGGAGCGCUGACUUGGCAGAUGGUGCUUCAGAAACCGCCCAUGAAGUUGUGCUGCUCCGAUAGCAGGUUCGAUGAAGCCAAACACAAACUCUGGUGGUCAUGUGACCAAUCAAAGGCAAAGAAAAUCAACUACUUCAUCUGGCCGGUAUUGUAUGACUACGAAGGUGGGAACCUGAUGGUCAAAGGAUGCGUCCACGCCAGCUGA